AUGGCGACCUGGGCAUACCCCCCACUGCCCGCAGAGCAGAUCAACCGUGAGGCGGACACUGCGCUGGCUCGCGAGUUAGAAUGGCUCUUGCAUUCACUACAGGAUUCACUUGUCUCAUUGAAGGAAGGUCUCCAAGAAUGUGCCACCCUCCUAGCUCCCCAAGAACCGGGGUCAACCUUGGUGUUGUCCUCGCUGCGGUCGGAAAGCGUGAAGGGGUUUGUGACUAGAGUCGGUACUAAGAUCGUGAAGGGCGAUGUUCAACUUCGUUUGGCGUCGCUACCGCCUCCUCGGGGUGCACCUAGUACCCGAUUGAACCUAUCCCAGUCUCCCGAGGCCCCAGAACUAGUACUUCGACAGCUAGUAUCAGUUCGAGACCUUGUGGCUCAAAGCCUGGAUAUUGUGGAUGUGAGCACAUGGACAGGCGAUCCUCUCAAUGCAAGGUUCAUUUUCAGUCAACUACACCUCUUGCUCGAGACAAUCAGCGAGGCACGACAAAUGCUCAAAGGAGACAGCGACGAGACGCGAGGCAAGUGGUGGGAUACCAGUGCCACCGAAAAUGUAGGCUCAGCUUCUUUGACAAAACUCCUGCAAUAUUUCGCUAAUAUGUAUGCACAGAUGUUUGACCCUCCGCUUCCGCCACAUCUUUCAUUCCAUCUCUCUAUCACAGAUUCCGCCCUGGUACUUGUUCUUCGGACUCUAGAGGCCACUCCCCUCAAUCAUGCGCAAAAUGCAUUUUCUUCAGAGAUAUCCCUGUCUGGGUUCUCUCUACGUGAUCGGAUAUUCGGCUCCCGAGCACCAACCCAUGAUGAGGCCGGUAGCAUUUUUCAAUGGCAGGGAGAAGAAGUCCGUGUCAAAGAAAAGGUCCGGGUAGAGAGUCAGGACCCCAGUCUGAUGGCGGUCAUGGCAAAACUAUCGGCCCUUGAGCAUGAGGUGAUGCGGUGCGUUGCUGCGCUGCGGAUACUCAUGGGCGAGGAAGAUACGGAGAGUGAGGCUUAA